AUGAAUUGUGAAGCUUGUAAUACCGACAUCAAAAAUGAUGACAAUGUCAAAUGUGUUCGUUGUAAGAAACAAUAUCACACAUUAUGCGUAAUUUUUUCCCAAGAAGAUGUGAAAGAUAAACAAACGUCGAAUAACUGGUUGUGUCCACAUUGUCGCAGUAAACAACCAAGAGGUGAUAACUCCGGUACACCAGUGCGCCCUUCAACACCCACCUCAACAGCUGAUAUUACUUUCAACGUUACCCGCCGCAAGAUCGGCCAAACUAGGCCAGAACCACCACAAUAUACUGGCCUGUCUGCUGAGACCUGGCGCACGGAGAUACGCGAAAUAAUACGUGAAGAACUGCGUGAUGCCUUGCGGGAAGCUGUGGGUGCAUUGACAUCGGGGCUAGUCGCAAACCUCAAUGAAAUGAAGGAGGAAAUUAAUGAAUUUAAGUUGUCAAUGAAUUUUAUUAAUGGCGAGUUUGAGAAGCUCAAAUACGAAUGUAAUAUCCACCGUAAUGAAAUGAGUCAUAUGCGAAAACAAGAUGAAGCUUUGCACCUGGAACUCGUUGACACCAAGAGGAAAUAUGAACAAAUCGAUUAUUUGUUACGUGCCAACAACCUCGAAAUACAGUGUAUCCCGGAAAAGAAAUCCGAAAAUCUCAUAAGCAUCGUCAAACAACUUGGCCGCACCGUAGAUGUCACGUUGAACGAGGGUGACAUACAAUACUGCUCCAGAGUGGCGAAGUUGAAACCGGAUAGUACCCGUCCACGUUCUAUAUUAAUCAAAUUCAACAAUUCUCGCCUCCGUGAUACCGUGUUGGCGGCAGUGGCUACAUACAAUAAAACCCAUGCGCAGGAUAAGCUAAACACCCAUGAUUUGGGUUUUACUUCUAAUGGAAAGUCACCUGUAUUUGUUGUGGAAAACUUAUCACCAGAAAACAAAAACUUACAUGCCGCAGCCCGUAUUCGAGCUAAGGAAUUGAAAUAUAAGUUUAUUUGGGUACGAGGAGGUCGUAUUUAUAUGAGACAAAAUGAGACCGCCGGUAAGAUAUGGAUUCGCAAUCUCGAUAUGUUAAACAAGCUUACCUAA